AUGGGGGAGAAGAGAGCCGAGGAAAAUGCCUUCGUCGUUCUCACCUACAAUAGAGGAUCCAACUCCAUUGGCGAAGCUGCUGCUUCAGAUAAGAAGGAUAGUACCGAGAAGGAUGGGGCAGGAGAGAGCAAGGAACUGUCUCUGACUAACAACAAUGCUGAUGAAGUGAAGAAAGGCUGUGAAAAUGGCACAGAGGGCGCAGCAGAUGGGGAUGUAAGUAUGGUGGAGGCUGAUGAUGUGAAGGAAUGCGAUUCAGGUUGUGAUAAGGUGGUUGGUGCUGCAGAUUUAAAAAUGGCUGACACAGAGCAUGGCGCCAAUAUUGAAGCUGUGGAUGAUGCCAAGGCAGCAAAUGAGGACAUCAACAUGGUUGAAGCAAAGAUAGAUGCUAGAAAUGAAGAAGUAAAAGAAAAUGGGAAAAAGGAAAAAAAGGAGGACAAGAUUGAAGAGAAGCAAAAUGACGCCAAUAUUCAAGCCAAGGAUGAGAAAAUGGUUGACAAGGAAGAUGCAUGUCAAAAGGAAGAUACGGAGGGAAUGAGUGAAGAUAGCCAGGAUGCCAAGGUAACAGAAGGUGAGGACAUCAACAUGGUUGAAGCAAAUAUAGAUGCUAGAAAUGAUAAGGUAAAAGAAAACGGGGAAAAUGAGGACAAGACUGAAGAGAAGCAAAAUGAUGCCAAUAUUUAA